AUGCCAUGCAGUAAGGUUGCUAUCUCAGGCAGUAAGGUUAUAUAUAUCUCAUGCAGUAAGGUUGCUAUCUCAGGAAGUAAUGUUGCUAUCUCAGGCAGUAAGGUUGCUAUCUCAGGCAGUAAUGUUGCUAUCUCAGGCAGUAAGGUUGCUAUCUCAGGCAGUAAGGUUGCUAUCUCAGGCAGCACAAGGGAGCAAGCGUUCACCUACGCCAUGUCCUCGGUCAGUCUCACGCAUUCUAAAGCGCGCGCUUGCAGUGUGGGAAUCAACACGAACUGCUCGUGCGGUAAACUGUCUCACGAGGCGCCCACGGGGGAUUUCAAGUGGGGCGGGUGCGGGGACGACGUGGAGUUUGGUCUGCGGUUUAGUGAGCUGUUCACCGCCUACCACAACGACAAGAUGUCCAAGAACAAGAAAACGAUGAUGAAUUCGUACAACACGGCCGUCCGGGAAAAGGUCGUUUCGAAUUCCCUAACCACGGCCUGCAAGUGUCACGGUGCUUCCCGUUCCUGCUCCAUCCAAACCUGCUGGAAAGCGCUUGCUGACUUCAAACAAAUCGCUGAGACGCUCUCUAGCAAAUAA